GCCACAGUGCUGAGUAGCCUCAGUCCGGUUUUGGAGCCCAACGUUAAGCGCGUCUCGCGGAUUGUGCAGUCUACACUUUAGUUAUUUGUUGUUGUUGCUGUUGCUGCCAUUGUCGUUUGCCGUUGUCGCUGCCUGACAAAUCCCAUUUUCCCCAUAAAUAUCAGUGCGUCUCUCUGUGCAUGCAAAAAAAUUAAAGAGCCGACGGCUUCCCAGUGAAUUGUUGUGCGAAUUCAAAAGAACCCAAAAAAAAAAAGAAACCAAAAAACAAACAAACAAAAAAACAGAUGCAGCGAUAAGUGAUCCCGAAAAUAUUCCCGAAAAAUCCCACAAUAAUAAAGAGGCGAACCCAGGCUGUAAGAGAGAACCUGGCUGCUGCUCCCGCUCCUGCUGCCGUUGUUGUUGCUACUCGUCUUAAGGGGCGACGUAAUUGAAAUUGAAGCUCCGGCUGGGAAUACAUAAGACCGCAAAAGAAGGUGUUAACAUUAUAUCCAAAUAUUCAGUAUGGUGCUUGUGCUGAAUGGUGUGCUGCAGGACGAUUGCCCGCUGGACACAAGCACUUUGUUUCUGCAGCAUCCCGUCUAUAGAGAUUAUGCCCAGCAGCUGCACUCCAUACAGGCCAAGUCGAUAGGUCCUGUCGGUCUGCUCUAUGUGGGCCAACGGGAGCUGGCCGCUGCGGCACCGCACGACAAGAACAUUAACAUCAUUGGCGCCGACGAUGCCACCACCUGUAUUAUCGUUGUUGUCCGCCACUCGGGUUCGGGUGCUGUUGCUUUGGCGCAUUUCGAUGGCAGCGGCGUUGAUGAGGCCGUCUGCACAAUGGUGUCGCGUGUCCAGGAGCUGGCGCUUGGUUAUCCGGAGGGACGCAUUGAAUUGCAGCUGAUUGGUGGCUAUCGGGACUCCCAGGGCUAUGGCGAGGAUGUCUUCUAUAGCAUUAUGCAAUCAUUCCACAAGCAUCACCUCGAAAUCGACUUGACGCAGGCGUGUGUGGGUGAAUUGAACACAAUGCUGCGCGGCGAGAUCAACUGCCCGAUCAUCUAUGGUGUGGGCGUUAACAUCAAGACUGGCGAGAUCUUUCCAGCCACAUUCCCCGAUCGAGGACCCGAUCAACAGCUGCGCAAUGCUCGCAUCUUUAUGGGAGCUCAAACCCAGGUGUUGGAUGUGUACGACUCCGCCAAUGGCAUGCUGAGAAUUGGACCCUUUAACUAUGAUCCAUUGCGUGGCGCCGACUUGUGGCUGUCGCAGACAGAUGAGUUUCUGCUGCAGCAUUUGUCAUCCAGUCCCGACGUGGAGCCGCCGCACUUUGCGCCACAGACGCGUGCCACCAUCAGAUUCAUACAGGAGAACCAGUUUCCCGCUGUCACCGUCUUCAGGGAUAAUCGACCCCGAUACUAUAGACGCGACGAUGCCACGGGCUGCUGGGGUUUGGUUAGAUAUUAAAGCUUAAUUUUUAGUAAUUAGUUGUUAAAAACACAAAUAGUGAAAACGUUUUUGGAGAACUGUCAAUACAUAUAUUAUACAUAUUACCUAUCAUAUAACAUACAUACACAUACACAUACAGCAUAUAUAUAUCUAUAUUAAUUGUAAUACAAAUCUGGCAAAUCAGAUGUAAAUUGGUG